AUGUCUGACAACGGAGAAAUCGAGGUCGAGAACCCCACCGGUAUCAACAUCCUUCCCAAGGAUGUCACCGACGAGCAGGGCAGCUGGUCCUACGAGGAGGUCGAGGUCCGCGACAUCUCAUUGACCGACUACAUCCAGAUCCGCUCACCUGUCUACAUCUCACACUCCGCCGGCCGAUAUGCCGUCAAGCGGUUCAGGAAGGCCCAGUGCCCCAUCAUUGAGCGUCUCACCAACUCGCUCAUGAUGAACGGCCGCAACAACGGAAAGAAGCUCAUGGCUGUCCGUAUCGUUGCUCACGCUUUCGAGAUCAUCCACAUCAUGACCGACCAGAACCCCAUCCAGGUCGCCGUCGAUGCCAUCGUCAACUGCGGUCCCCGUGAAGACUCCACCCGUAUCGGUUCCGCCGGUACCGUCCGUCGCCAGGCCGUCGAUGUUUCUCCCCUCCGCCGUGUCAACCAGGGUAUCUCCCUCCUCACCAUCGGUGCCCGUGAGGCCUCUUUCCGCAACGUCAAGAGCAUUGCCGAGUGCCUUGCUGAGGAGCUGAUCAACGCUGCCAAGGGAAGCAGCAACUCGUACGCCAUCAAGAAGAAGGAUGAGCUCGAGCGUGUCGCCAAGUCCAACCGAUAA